AUGGUCGACACUCUCCACCCUCCAUACUCUGUGAUCGCGACCUGGCCCAAGCCAAACUACAUUGACCCACAUACUCGAGGACCAGCUCUCGCGAACUUAUGCAUCGCGCUCAUUGUGAUAGGCGUACUUGUCGUCACAGCCAGAUUAUACACACGCCUGUUCCUCACUCGAGCAGCUGGGCUCGAUGAUGCCUGCAUCGUUAUUGCUUUGGCCUUCGGCAUUGCGCUGUCCGUGCUUGUCAUCAUAGGCAACAAAGUCUGGUGGUCCGGCCACCACAUCUGGGACAUUCCGAUAUCGAAAUUUGCAGACCAUCGCUUCAAUAUCUGGUGCGCUGAGUGGUGCUACGUAAUUUCGACUUCGUGCACAAAGAUAUCAGUGCUCUUGUUCUACCGGCGGAUAUCGAUCAAAUUCAGCAAAGCGUUCAUCAUCGCAACAUGGGCCGGCAUCGUCUAUAACAUCCUGUAUAUGAUCGCCUUCGCACUGGUGCUACUAUUGCUAUGUUCGCCAAUUAGUGCCUACUGGAACUCCUUCAAUGUCAUCUGGGUGAUGACACACCCCAACUUCAAAUGCGGCGCGGAGAACAUUGAACUGCCUCUAUCUGGAGUCUUCUCUGUCAUCGGAGACUUCUACAGCGCACUACUGCCUAUACUGGUGAUCUUCAAUCUCAAUCUAUCACGGCGACAGAAAUGGAGCUUAUACGCGUUGUUCUCCUUGGCAUUCCUGAUUGUGGCUGCGGGCAUCGCGCGUACCGUACUCAUGUGGCAGAUGAUGAACGAGAUCUAUGAUUUUACUUGGGUGCUGUGGGAAAUGUGGAUCUGGGGAGUGGUCGAGCUCUACGUCGCCAUUCUGGCAGCGAGCGCGCCCGCAUUGAAACCAUUUCUACGGAUAUUUCUCGUCAAUCCACUGAAGAGCUUCGCAGCCGCAACCACCUCAAGACGUGAGAAGCGCGGCUUUCGGUCCGAAAAGUCUCGACAGAACCCGGAUGGAUCAAAGGCGCAGAUUUAUGCCUCGAAAAAGGGCAGCUUGUACCAAAGUCAAAAGGGUUCUACGAAAAGCCGUGUUUCGGUGCGGGAAAGCGCGCUCAUGGAGGACCUCGAAGAACUUGGGAUUGCCCACGGAGGCAGGGACAUGCUCGCCUCAUGGGACGAGUACAUUGGCAAAGAGAUUGAUAAUGACGAACUCGACACCAAGCGCUACCAACUCCAGCAGAACAAGCACGGCAAGGUGGCGAUGGCGCAAGUUUGGCAUUCGUCAUCACGGGCUUCCUCACGGCCUACAACGGCCAGGAGCGUCACAGACCAUCCUCAGGGAUUCUGGAACUCGAGUAACACGCCAGACGCCGCCUCGGACGUAUACGUGGGACAUGGGGGAUGGGACAUGGGUGCGGAACUUCUCGUUGCCAGUGUCAUCGUGUACGCCGCCGGCUACGCCGACGAGGUCGAAGUCGUUUGCGGCUUCGAGAGCUACUUCGGUGAAGUCGAAGAAGAAUUUCGCUGUGGCGGCAUUGAGCUCGAUGCCAUAGUGCUGUCUGCUCUUGUUGGCAACGAGAACGUCGAAAGGAUGAGGGCGUUGAUUGGGGGCUGCUAG